AUGCCCCGAGCAUCUCGACAAGCACCGCCUGUCAACAUCGCGCGAAGAGACGAAAGGCUGGAGGAAGCACUGGAGGUACCUGCCAACUGGAGAACAAUCUCGAUCACCAAUGCCGCACAAGCACUGUCGCUGUUCAGCGUGCUCGAGUUCUCUGAGGAUGUGCCCUCGCCGGCGACCUAUACCCGAAAUUUAUGGGUGCGAACCGAGUACGUCCAGGGCGGAAAUAUCCUCGAAGAUCUAGGCGUCGGAAUAGCAUACAAAUUGCUGCAGCCCUGUACUGUGGCUGUAGAAGAUAUAGUCGCUCACGGCAACGUCCAAAACUUUGCGGUGGACCCGGUCCUGCUCAACGAAGGCUGGUUUGUCGAGAGCCGCAUACGGCCGGGGCAGGUGCUCUUGCUCGAAAAUGAGUGCCCAUCCGAAACGUUCAACUUUGCGUACGAGACGUCGAUGUUCAACCGCACAACGCAUGUCAUCCUUGAGCAUCGCUGGGAGCAGCUUGUCCCCAUCUUGCCACCAGAGGACCCGCUGCAGAUGUUCCCAGCGGUCAAGUACUUGUGUAUACGUGUCUCGGCGAUGCUGAACCAUCUCAAGGCGCUGCAGCUUAUCGAUCAGCUCCUGGGAUGCAAAAAGUUGGAACGACUAAUAGUGUGUGUCGACAGCGGCGAGGACCGCCACUGUGUCAAGCAGAAUCUGGUGUGGCAAUUCCUGAACCACCGUGCGCAUUUUUCGGAGCACCGGCUGGCGGUGCACUCGAUAGCGAGAUCGAUGAAGCAUGAGUGGGAGGCGAUUGUGACAGAGGGCCGAACUAUCUGGGACAGAGUGGGAGAUAAGGAGGAGACCCAGCCGAUGGACGAAAGAGGUGGAUUGCAAGGGUAUCUGUGA